UAUUCCUGUGUUCGUCAUGGUCAUAUCUUGUGAUAUCUUGAAAAAAGUGCCAAAAUGUUUAUAAAAGCGAAGUUCCGUCUUAGUAUUAUGUCUAAGCUCUGGUGCAAGUGGACCUCUCGAUCUAUUUAGUGUAACCAAGUCAUACUGCUUAUAAUUGUAUUAAAGUUUUUAGUGUGUGAUGUUAUGUUAUCCGAUCUUUUCCAAUAUUGUCAACAAUGAAUGAAUUCAAUAGACCUUAAUUCAGACUUUGGUCGUGACUAGUCAUGAGAUAGUGCUCAGAGUCUUCUACUCAAAAGAAUCAUUGAACUACCACAUAGUUUUAGUAAUGCCAUGUAUAAUAUUCUUUUUUUUCCUGCCAUAGAAAAUGUCGUCUAGUUCUAUUUUUACUUCAAUCUCACGACGCAAUACGUUGUCUUCGAAGAAAGUAAUCACCAGAUUAUUGAAAAAAAAUGUGUCUACUUGGUCUCCAUUAGCAACUUUAUUUAAUGCCAAACCUGCAAGAAAACUCUCGCUAAAUCUAGAAAAUGUGGGCUUGUUCGGAAUCGGCCCUCUGAGGUCUUUCGAUGGCUUUUAUCUGUUGAAAGAACAAGCCAAAGUUGAUACAAAUAGACUACUUGAAGAAGCGGAAAGUCCAAAACGAACCCGAAAAAUUGUUGAAAUUUUUGAUGAGCUAUCAAAUGCACUCUGUCAGGUAGCAGAUCUAGCAGAAUUUAUUCGCAUAGUCCAUCCUGAUAAACAAUUCGCAGCAGCAGCUGAAGAUGCCUGUAUUAGUGUCAGCUGCUUGGUUGAACAAUUGAACACCCGCAGAAAACUUUAUGAUUCUUUGAAAAAUGCCAUCGAGAACGGAGACGUACUUCCUACCACAGAUGUGGAUGAUCAUGUGGCAAAGUUAUUCCUUUUUGAUUUUGAACAGAGCGGCAUUCACCUUGAUGAAAAACUGAGAAAUGGUGUUGUGAAGUUGAAUGACUACAUUCUUCAAACUGGUCAACGAUUCAUGGCAGGCUGCUCAUAUGCCAAAGAAGUUACUUUGACUGAUAUUCCAGCUUCAAUAAGACAUAACUUCCAUUCAGAUGGUCAUCGGGUCUAUGUGCAUGGAUUAUGUUCGGAAUCUGCGGAUGAGUUUGUUCGAGAAGUGGCUUACAAAAUAUUUUUAGCUCCCAAUCCUAGUCAGGAGCACCUGUUGAAUGAAUUACUCGACUCCAGAUCACAAUUAGCCAAAGUUUGCGGGUUCCCAUCUUACGCCCAUAGAGUAUUAAAAUCCAACACUUUUGAUGACCCAGAAACAGUGAAGCAGUUCUUGUCAUUACUGAAAAACUUUGUGAAACCGUACGCAGAGAUGGAUUUUUCAAUUCUGAAGGAAGUAAAGACAGCUGAGAGUGACAAGCCUUUAGCAGCUUGGGAUGUGCCAUACUUAACGAACAAAGCCAAACGGAAGUGGCUCAAUGUAUCAGGAAAGCAGUAUGCUCCCUAUUUUCCUCUUGGUGGCUGCAUGGAAGGUCUUAGCAAUUUAUUCAACUGUUUGUUUGGAAUUAGCCUGGUUCCUGAAGGAACUAAACAUGGAGAAGUAUGGUCACCGGAAGUUUACAAAUUAGCUGUAACGCAUGAGACUGAAGGUCUUCUGGGGUAUAUCUACUGUGAUUUUUAUGAACGGCAUGGGAAACCAAAUCAAGACUGUCAUUUUACCAUUCAAGGAGGCAGGACUCUUCCAGAUGGAUCGUAUCAAAAUCCAAUUGUGGCAGUUGUUUUAAAUUUCCCAACGCCAACUUGGGGUUGUCCUAGUCUUUUAACUCCAUCACUAGUUGACAAUCUGUUUCAUGAAAUGGGUCAUGCACUACACUCUAUGCUAGCUCGUACAAACUAUCAGCACGUUAGCGGCACUCGAUGUAGCACCGAUUUUGCGGAGGUACCGUCAGUACUGAUGGAGUACUUUGCAUCUGAUCACAGGGUUGUGAAAUCAUUUGCCAAGCAUUACUCAACAUCGGAACCCAUCCCUGAUGCCAUGCUUGACCAGCUGAAGAGGAGUAAGUAUCUGUUCCAAGCAUCGGAAAUCCAAGCACAAGUUUUCUAUUCUGCAAUGGAUCAAGAAUAUCAUAACUCACAUCCCUUGAAGCAAUCUACAACAGAAGUCUUAGCGGAGCUUCAGAAUGAGUAUUACAGCGUCCCAUAUGUCCCCAAUACGGCAUGGCAACUUCGAUUCUCUCACCUUGUUGGUUAUGGAGCCAAAUACUAUUCUUACCUGUUGUCCCGUUCUAUCGCAGCAGACAUUUGGAAAUCUUACUUCCAAUCAAACCCUUUUGAUCGCGAUCAGGGUGAAAAGUACCGGAGAGAAUGCCUGGCAUUUGGAGGCGGCAAACCAUCGCCGAUGCUUGUCACUGAUUUUCUCAAAAAAGAACUUGAACCGGAAGUUAUAGCAUCAUCUUAUUUAGAAGAAAUUGACCAAUUUAAUUCAUCCCGUCUCGUGUGAAUUUAAGUUUUUAUUAAUUGAAUUCAAUUGUUUCGUUUUGUUUCUAAUUAUACUGACAUGUAUCAUUGUAUUAUAUUUCCACUUUGUUAUGAUUACAAUGAAAGCCACUUCAGUC